GAUGAUUGGUCCGUUCGUUAGCCGCCAUUUUUAAGACUUUGUUUUGGAAAUAUUAACGAUAAUUUGUUUUGAUUUUUAAAAAGAAACUUUAUUUUAAAUAAAAUAUUAUGGGUGACGAAAAUUCUCUAAGGGUUUCAUGCAAUGAAGAAAAGAAAGCAAGAAGACAUUCAGUGAUUGGACUCUUUCCUGAAUUGUCAAUUUUGCGUAAAAGAAAGCGCAAGAUUGAAGAUGACUGUGUUAGUUUGCAGAGUUUUGAAUCUGGCACCAGUCAACAGAAGAAGAGCCGGAGGAAGUCGCUGCUGCGUGUCUCUUCACUGGCAAAUCUGCUCUCACCGAAGGCCAACCGCAAACAAGACACACUCAAGCGCACCCUCAGUUUCAAAGUCCCGCUGGCGCCCCAUGUCUCCAACAAGUGCCACGCCCCCUCCGCCAUCUCCCCCUACAAGGCCCCGCCCCCCUCGCCUGGCCGCUGCAGGCUGUCACGCACAUGGAGUGACAUGAUGAACGGGGACUCCUCCACCCUUACCAGACUCAGCAACAACGACAUCAAACUGCAAGAGGCGAUCUACGAGCUCUAUCAGGGUGAACUAGAUCUAAUUGAGGACCUCAAUGUCGUGAAAAAUACAUAUCAGGACUCUAUGCGAAAGCUACAGCUGAUGACGGAAGGUGAAUUGCAGCAGAUCUUCGGCCCUCUUGAUGACCUCAUACCCAUACAUGAGGAGCUUGUGAACCGACUGAAAGGUCAGAGACUGCCUGAUGGGACCACGGGAGAGAUAGGGCAACAGCUGGUGGACUGGGUGCCCAACCUGCGUGUGUACGUGCCGUUCUGUGCCAACCAGGUGUUUGGCAAGGUGCUCUUGGACGAGAAAAAGGAGGAACCAGCCAUCGAUGACUUCCUGCAGAGGUGUCAGGACUCGCCGUUCAGUCGCAAACUUGACCUCUGGGGGUUGCUAGAUGGUGCCAGAAGCAGAUUUAUGAAAUACCCACUUCUUUUAAAGAGCAUUCUCAAAUAUAGCUCUGGCUGGCUGGACACUGAGCUCCUGGGAGAGGCAGUGCGGCUGGCAGAGUCGGUGGUGGCUGACGCGGACAGACGGACAGGCGAGGCCAAGUGCAUCUACUUUCGCUCACGAAUAACGUAUCUGUAUGAGGACCAGAGACACAGUGCGAUAGAGACAGCCUGCACAUUGCUCUGUAAUGGAACUUUGAAGAACAACAAAGGCAGUAAGCUACAGCUGUUCCUGUUUGACACGAUCGUGGUGCUGACGAGGCUGGUGACGCAGGGAGGCCAGCAGAGAUUCCAGGUGUACCGGGACCCCAUACCGGUCUGUGAACUCCUCCUGGAGGACUUGAAGGACGGCGAAGUGAAGAUGGGCUCCUUUAGGACGGCAUUCAGCUCAUCACAGACAUCAAAGAACAUUUUCCGCGUUUCCCACGUGGACUCCAACAAAGCACAGUCGCACACUCUGAUGUGUAACGAUGAACAUGACAAGCGUCAGUGGCUGCACUGUUUCAAAAUAGCCAUCAACGCGGUCCCGAAAACCCCGACGGAUAACGUCAGCCUGAAGUCUGAAAGUUCCGAGGGCGAGUGAAUAAUGGCCGCAGCGAUGCUUGAUUGUAGAUUGCCUGCAACGCAUGUAUUGUUACUUUAACAUGUAUGUUAGGUGAGUUAAGAUUUUUUGAAGAUGGAACUGUUGAGUGCCUGGAGUUGUUGGGAAGCGUGCAAUACACCUGGGAGACAUUCCUGAUUGGGCGAACUUGUACAGGUUGACUGAAGGACCUAAUCAACAUGCAGAUGGGGCAGAAGAUUGUACUUUAUGUUGAGAAUGAUGCAUGAAGAUUGGAUGGAAGAGUUUGUUGGCAGCGAACAAAGUGUGCUAUUAAGUCCUUUUUGCUGCAUGAAUGCUGGUGAAAUUUGUAUUGUUUUUGGACAUUUGAAAAAUGUUGUAUUGUUUGAAAAUACAGACACGCGAAAAAAUUACACAACUGCGUGUUGUCUGCACUUGGUCUUGUGCAAAUUAUUACAAAAACUUAAAGAUAACAACAGGAUUUUGUUUGUCCAUGACCACCUUAUUUUAAAUUAUAUACUUUUGGAAUUAACUACACUACCAUAUUUUAGUAUCUUAUGUUAGUUUUAACUUUGCAUAGGCUGUAUUGUUUAAUUAUUUGUAUGACUUUGAUCUGUAUUUCUGCUAUUGUUAAUGCAUUGUUCACCACAGUUUGCCUUAAUAGAAAAUUGUGUACAUUAUUUGUUCUAUCUUUCACCCAAUUAUCAGCAGUUUUUUUAAUUGCUUAUCAAUAUUUAAAUAAAUGAAGUGGAUAAUUCUUCUAUGUUGGCCUUUAUGCUCUUUAGAAUUCUUUCGUAACAUGAAAUGGCGCCAUAAUAUAACGCUGUUAAUUUGUUUAAUGCUUAAUGCACUCUGGGUUGAAUUAAAAAAU